AUGGGUCCGAAUCCACCGGGAUCGACAGCGAGCAACGCGAGUGGGGGAAGACGCAAUGUUACGCCCGCCGCCCAGACGACCAAGGAACCCCUCACCAGAGACGAAUUAGCUAGCCUACCAUCGCCAGUUACAAACAUUAAUGAAGCACGAGCAUACCUAGCCGGCACCGGACACUUAAUCGACACGGAAGGACCACUUAAUAUCGACAAGUUCGUGAUAGCAAUGUUACAGGCGGCUCAGGACAAGGAUCGGAGAUUAGCAGGGAACCUCCGGGCCUUCGCAUUCAUACUGGAGACCUACAGGGAGGGGACGGGCAGGGCAGUUGACAAGGUCGAGGGAAGGAUGGAGGAGAUGGGAGCAAAACUGAAAGCCAUGGAAGAACAGAUCGCGGCACUCGGCGAGCAGACGAAUAAGGUUCAACGUAUCACGGAGAAGCUGGGGGCGAUAGAAGAAGACACGCUAGAGAUGGUGGGGGAAAGGGUCAACGAGGUCAGAGACGCCGCGCAGAGCGCUUUCGAAAUCCUGCAACACGCGAUCGAGAGAGGGUCAGCACAGACAACGGGAAAGACAGGAAACAUCGAAGACUACGACUACGGAGUCACGGACGACUACAACUUACCGGCCACGAGGACGGCAGUUACCCCCGCACCAAAGACAUACGCAAACACGACAAAGCAGACACCUCAGGCCCCUUAUCAACAGAUCGUCGAACAGAACGCGAAGAAGAACCGGAGGAUCAUCAUCGACGCGAAGGGACCGGACGUGCAGAGCCUUACGGAGGAACAACUCGUGGCGAAAGCGAAUCUGGCAGUGGACAUGAUCAGCGGGGAAGAGGAGGGAAGACCUCAAGAAGUCCGCUUCACAAGCGUGAAGAGACUACGAAACGGAGGUAUGGAGUUCGAACUGAAUAUGACACAGGCAGCCAGCUGGAUCAAGAGCGGAGCUAUCAAGCAGAAGAUAAUCAGCAACUUCGGCAACGAAGCGGAAAUCAAGGAGCAAGGCUUCGCGGUACUCAUCGAAAACGCCCCACUGUACUUCCGGCCGGAGGAAGAGGAGGACCGUAUCGCAGUCGCGAGAGUCAACGGAUAG